ACCGUAAAACGGCGUCGCAGGGAAAGGUCUUAUCUGGUUAAGAACUCCUCUUCACUUAACGGUGAAGUGAUGAUCGAAAUCUGGUAAGUGGUUGAAAUCAACGAUGUCAUGGUUUGCAAGGACAAUCGCAAACUCACUCAGACUCGACGACGACGACGAUGAUUCUCACAAUGGCGGUGACCUAAAAUCCCCUCCGAACAAAUCCGAAUCAGAAGCCGUUCAACCCGAUUCGGCAUCUGAAUCUGCAUCCACUCCCAGUCCCACCGCACGUGGCGUCAAAGAAGAUUUCUCUGAGCUCACCAAAUCCCUUUCACGCCAACUAUGGGGCGUUGCUUCUUUCCUCGCCCCUCCCCCCGAUCCUCAUCCCCAAAAUAACGUCACCGAUCCUAACCCUCCCGACGAAGACGUUAUUGCUGGAAUCCGAAAUGAUUUCGCGGAAAUUAGCGGCAAAUUCAAGAGCGGGAUCUCCAAGCUUUCUGGCAAUAAAACGGUAUUCGAAUUCACGAAGAUCGCAUCGAGUUUCCUUCAAAUUGGAUCCCAAGAGGAAUAUGAUCUCGACGGCGUGGUCGGUGUGACCGAGGAGGUGGUGGCCUUUGCCAGAAGCAUAGCGAUGCAUCCGGAGACUUGGCUGGAUUUUCCUCUCCCCGACGAGGCCGAUUCUGAUGAAUUUGAUUUGUCCGAUGCACAACAAGAACACGCUCUAGCUGUUGAACAUCUGGCUCCAAGCUUAGCUGCUCUUAGAAUGGAACUUUGCCCUGGAUAUAUGAGCGAUGGUUGCUUUUGGAAGAUUUAUUUUGUACUCGUGCACCCUAGACUAAGCAAAAGUGAUGCUGAUAUUUUAUCAACCCCACAAAUAGUGGAAGCCAGGGCAAUGCUAACUCAGGCUUUAGACAAAAGAAGUAAGGAAAAGAAAGAACCUGACUUGUCAGCAGGAGGAAAUAUUCCCACAAAAGAGGAGGAACAACAUCUCUUCAUGCCAAGCAGUGCUCAACUUGAAUCAGCACCUCUUCAGACAGCUUCAGUUGAAGAAUCCCCAUCUAUGGUUGUGUCUGAUGUUGAGAUGGAGAAUCAUUCCGCUCAAGGUGCUGUUACACAGAGUAUUGACAAAUCCGUGGUUAAUGAAGCACCUGUAAAUCCAACUGCCGAACAAUCAUCAUCUGGUUCAACCUAUAGAUUUUUGAAUGAAACAUAUGAAGAUGAUGCUGAUGAUUGGUUGAAAGAGGAUAGUUCUGAAAUGGUUGGUCCCAGUGGAACUUCUAUUCAAACUGGUAAUGAAGAGGAUGUUUCAUUCAGUGAUCUUGAGGAGGAUGACAGCGAUGUUCAUGCUAGUUAUCAAAAAACUAGAUCAGGUUCCGAUUCUUCAACAAAAGACUCACGAGAUUGGGUUCAGUUAGGUAGAAGUUCACCUAACUCUGAUAAGGAUAUAAACUCUGUUGAAAGCAGACAUGCUGGCUCUGAGCAUUCAAGUGCUCGUAAUUCUGUGACCAAGGAUUCCAAUGAUUGGCUUAACGUUGAUGACAUUGAUGUUAUGUGAUAAUGCCAUGGAAUAUGUCAUAGAGGUAAGUUUUUUUUUAUUUGAUUCACUUAUAUUUUGUGAAUAUUUGCAUAUAGCCUGUGUACUCUACGAUUAACUUCUGAAGACCAUGUUUGUGUAAAUAAAGCCAGUCUCCGAUGGGCAUUGUGCUAUGUUUGGCUAUCACUGCACCGAACUUGAAGUAAUACUUCUGUUUGAUUAGCAAAUUCCAAAUUUUUUUGGGUUACCAAUACUUUGAACUCACCUAACUUUUU